AUGAUUGCUGCAAAUGAAGGCUCCCGGCUGGAGCGCGAGGAGAGGGGAGCGGCGCGCGCCAGGGGGACGCUGUUUUUCGACUCCAGCGGGAACGUGGUCUCAUUUCCUUGGCCGGAGCGCACGGUUCCUUACCGCUUCGACGAAAAAGUCACGCCAGAGAUGCGUCUGGUGGUCCGGGAGGGCAUGAACGCGAUCGAAAGACACAGCUGCGUCAGAUUUGAGCUUUACGACACCGAAGCACACGAGGGCAAAGUCUUCUUGGAUGUCGUUGCUUUGGAGACGCGUUUCUGCCGUGCUAGCCUUGGCUAUAGACCUAACCAGAAAAGGAUCUUGGGCCUGCACCAAAAAUGCUGCAAGAGAAAGUUUAUAGUGCUUCACGAGCUCCUGCACGCGCUCGGCAUGAUGCACACGCACCAGCGCAACGACAGGAACGAGUACGUGGAGAUCUACCGCGACAACAUCAUCCCUGACUAUCUGGAUCAAUACAAUACGAUAUUUUCAGAGUACUACGGCCUCCCCUAUGAUUUCAAAUCCGUGAUGCACUAUGGCGCGCAGGCCUUCGUUAGGAAAGACGCCAACCACACCAUGCGGCCUAGGGAGAUCAAGGACGCCUCAGGAGCCAUGGCCCCGCUCUUGACCCUUGCAAGGAAGAAGAAGAUGUCGCGCGGGGACAUCGCGUGGCUUAACAGGGUCUAUGGAUGCUCCCGCCUCUACUUGGGCGAUGACCUGCCUGGCGCCGUGGCCUAUAAAGACUGGCUCAAGAGCGAGCAGGCGAAACAGAACUACGAAAUGCUGCACUAUAUUGUCCCCGACGAAGUCAUUUCCACCAGCCAGAUGUCGCUUAAUUAG